UGACAAGAAUGGGGUGUCAUUUAAAAAAACAUGACUCUGAUAAUGGAUACAUGUCAUUCUAUAUUAGUCAAAUCCCAUAGAAUUUACAGCACCUACUGUUAACUAGGAGCCUUGAGUGGUAACAGUGUGUCAGUGGAGGUUCCUCCAGGAGGAUGGUUAAAGUGGUCAGAACAUUCAGUGAUGCAUCUUCCUGAGCAAACGUUAUGUAAAACAUUGUGUUUCGAGUUAGCUCUGGGUUCCAUCCCCUGCCAUGCACCACAAGGAAAAAAAAAAUGAAACAUUGCAUUCAGUCUGAAGGUGGUCUUUUCAUAUGCAUCUUUCUGUGCAGAGCUGAGGAAUACAUUUCUAAUUAAAUCAGCAUCCAUUGAUGGUAUAAUGCACUUGUUCAUAGCACAGAAAGAACUCAUGCAGUGGUAAGCACUGUAGGGUUGACAGUGGGGUUCGUAAUGACACAGUGGCUUACACACACUGUGGACGGUUACUCAAAUACACACGAGCUGAUGUGCAUACACAUAUACUUAAAAAACAGACCAUAAACUGGCUAAUUCACUUCCAAAUGCCUGUUGCCAUUAUGUAGAUUCAGCCUACAAGCAAAAUUAAACAUGUUAGUGUAUUUGCUUGUUUGUUGGGCCAGGUCUUGCUAUGUAGCCCAGGCUGGCCAGAUCUUAGCAUCCUCCUGCCUGUAGUACCUCCCAAAUACUGGGAUUAUACACUUGUGCCACCACGCCCAGUUAGCAUUUUCAUAAAAAUCAGCUUUUCACCAAAACUCCUUACAAGUAUUUCCCAAUAUUAAUGUAAUAUACUUUUGGGAUUUUUCUGUUACUUUAGCCUAUGGACAGGUAUCUAUCUCCUUCACAAAAAGAUAUUCAUAUUGAAGCUAAUUGGGAUGAAAAUGAAAACCACUAUCUUUUACCAAAUUACAGUGAGAUUUACCCACCUGGUGUUUCUAUAGAAACUCAGUGGGCUGAGUUUUAUUUCAGAGGUAUGACUCCCCAGAGAUGCUGCACUGUAACCAUGCUGCUGGUGUUUCUCCCCUUUGCAGGCCUUGAACCGGGGCAUCGCAGCUGUCAAGGAAGAUGCCGUCGAGAUGCUUGCAAGCUAUGGGCUGGCAUAUUCCCUGAUGAAGUUCUUCACGGGUCCCAUGAGUGACUUCAAAAAUGUGGGCCUGGUGUUUGUGAACAGCAAGCGAGACAGGACCAAAGCCGUCCUGUGCAUGGUGGUGGCAGGCGCCAUAGCUGCUGUCUUCCAUACCUUGAUAGCGUAUAGUGACUUAGGCUACUACAUUAUCAACAAACUGCACCAUGUGGACGAGUCCGUGGGGAGCAAAACAAGACGGGCCUUCCUGUAUCUAGCUGCCUUCCCUUUCAUGGAUGCCAUGGCAUGGACCCAUGCUGGCAUCCUCUUGAAACACAAAUACAGUUUCUUGGUGGGAUGUGCCUCAAUCUCAGACGUCAUUGCUCAGGUUGUUUUCGUAGCCAUUUUGCUGCACAGUCACCUGGAAUGCCGGGAGCCCCUGCUCAUCCCCAUCCUGUCCCUAUACAUGGGCGCACUCGUGCGCUGUACCACCCUGUGCCUGGGCUACUACAGGAACAUCCACGACAUCAUCCCUGACAGAAGUGGACCAGAGCUAGGGGGAGAUGCAACAAUAAGAAAGAUGCUGAGUUUCUGGUGGCCUUUGGCUCUGAUUCUGGCCACACAGAGAAUCAGCCGGCCUAUUGUCAACCUCUUUGUCUCCCGGGACCUUGGUGGCAGUUCUGCGGCUACAGAGGCAGUGGCAAUUUUGACAGCCACCUACCCCGUGGGUCACAUGCCAUAUGGCUGGUUGACGGAAAUCCGCGCUGUCUAUCCUGCUUUUGACAAGAAUAAUCCCAGCAAUAAACUGGUGAGCACAAGCAACAUUACGGCAGCCCACAUCAAGAAGUUCACGUUUGUCUGCAUGGCCCUGUCACUGACGCUCUGUUUUGUGAUGUUUUGGACCCCCAACGUCUCUGAGAAGAUUUUGAUAGACAUCAUUGGAGUGGACUUCGCCUUUGCAGAACUCUGCGUUGUUCCUCUGCGUAUCUUCUCCUUUUUCCCAGUUCCAGUCACCGUGAGGGCCCAUCUCACUGGGUGGCUGAUGACACUGAAGAAAACCUUUGUCCUGGCACCCAGCUCAGUACUGCGGAUCAUCGUCCUCAUCACCAGCCUCGUAGUCCUGCCCUACCUGGGGGUUCACGGAGCCACCCUGGGUGUGGGCUCCCUCCUCGCAGGGUUUGUGGGAGAAUCCACUAUGGUUGCUAUCGCUGCUUGCUACGUCUAUCGGAAACAGAAAAAGAAGAUGGAGAAUGAGUCAGCCACUGAGGGGGAAGACUCUGCAAUGACCGAUAUGCCUCCAACAGAGGAGGUAACAGACAUUGUGGAAAUGAGAGAGGAGAAUGAAUGAAGCACAGGACACAUGACGGGACACUGCAGGGACAGCUGAGACAACACUUCACAUCAUCUCUUCCCUCUCCACCUCUCCAUCACAUUUUGUUCCUUUUUUUUUUUUUUGGUAACGAAAGAUGCCUUGAUUUAAAGGUUUCAGGUCAAUUGUCUAGCAUACUGGGUAUGCUCACACUGAUGUGGAGACCUAACAAAAGGUCUUUACUGUCACUUUGUAAACACAACCAUGACUUUUGUACCCUGCUUCAUGAAAAACCCAAAAGACAUAGCUGCCUCUUGGUUGAAGUUUCUACUCCUCCCUGGGACAAUCUCCACUUGGAACCAAAGUACUGCGGCUGUGCCAUUGCCUCCCAGGCCACAGACUCUUUCCUGUUCCUUUUUGCCUCUUAAGAUCAUCAGGUUAAAGUGCAGCCCCAUUUGAUGUGCUUCCCAGUACCAUGAUACAAGCUGGUGGCCACUUCCACUCCCUCCCACAUGCGGCUAUCAACUGUUUACCACAUGCACAUAAAAGGUGGGCAACAGGCUGCAGCCCAGAGUCACCGCUCACCCAGAGGGACAGAUGCGUGACCAAGCUGGGCUGGUGUAGGAAAUAAUCUGUAGAAGGGUUUGUGAUGCCGCUGGAGUAGCAAACCGACAUGAUCGACAACAGCAUCUCACUUUGCGUUUUUUUCCUAGCUCUCAGUGAGCUGCUGCUCCCCACCAUGUAUAUACAUGAGCUAACUUUGUAAAACUGUCACAAAAGCGUAUCUCCAAAUGUCAGCUCAGCAUCCUUCACGCAUGACUUUCCCCAAAGGCUGGCUUUUCACUCUCCUUUCCAGAAGAUGGCACUAGAGUGAGUUAAGUAGAGCUUUCUAACUCGCCAUUUACUUUUUACAGUGAACAGAAGCUCUAAGUCAUAAUCUAGCAUUCUAAUGCCAGGUUGCUGUCUCGUAAACUUCUGAAGUAGAUUUAUUACCUGGUUCUGCCAUUCCUAGUCACAACUCUGCGGUACAGGUAAUUCAGAGUGUACUAUGGUACUUUCUUCUUACACACCACAAAGCAAGACAUUUUAUAAACAGUUAUCAAAGUCACUAUGUGAUAGUCCCUGAAAUGACACAUUGGAAAUCCAUUUAGCGCAGUAUAUUUUUCUAAGUUUUGGAAAGCGGGUUUUUUUUCCUUUAAAAAAAGAAUUAUGGACACAGUUCACUAAAUUCUAAUUUAGUCAAAAUAACUAGACUGAAAGAACCAAACAAAUAUUUUAAAGAUAUAAAUAUAUGCUGUAUAUGUUAUGUAAUUUAUUUUAGGCUAUAAUACAUUUCCUAUUUUCGCAUUUUCAAUAAAAUGUCUCUAAUAUAAUAUGGCUACUGCUUGCGUGCUCCAAGUCUGCAGCUGAAUCCUAUUGUACUGAUGACCAUUGUAUCUUAUUUGCAGCAGCUUUACAAAGUCCCUUAUUUUUUAAUGAAUGUAGGGCCAGUGAAUGACAACAGAACUAUUUUUCAUAAUGGGUAACCCUGGAAUAAGUGGGUCCACUGAUGUAGACAAAAAGAGAUUGAAAGUAUAAGUUGGAAGGGCAAAAGGGGGAAAACUGUCAGGCCUUGUUUCAGUGUCUUAUUGUUUCAGUGCUGUGUGAUCAUACCAUUCCUAACAGGAAAAAAAAAAAAAAAAA